UGCUACGAUGCUGUGUCGUCUUACGGCCGUGGUGGCCUCCAUUUUGGUUCACCAGCUGCACUUUUUGUACGUCGCCGGUUCACUAGGUGGUAAGCCGUUUCCUGGUCUGGAAAACCUGCCGAAGUCGUUCUGGCAUGAGCUCAGUUCGCCUUUUACCGAGGUAUACGAGGUGGAAAGUUUCGCGACAGAUACUGGCGGCACUCCCGAGCCCAGGCCCUUUUUCGAAGAUCCAGAGAGCAACAUUACCGUGCAACUUGGCGCUGAAGUAUAUAUGCACUGUAGAGUACAAAACCUGCAGGAUACUUUUAAGGUGUCCUGGGUUCGCAGACGCGGCGAAGAACUUCAUUUACUCACGAUCGGCCUGGACACGUACGCGAGCGACUCGAGGUUCACGCUGGCCUUUGAGAAGCCCAAUGAUUGGCGAUUGUUCUUACGCUCGGCGACCGAACGAGACGGCGGCCUUUACGAGUGUCAAGUCAGUGCUCAUCCUCCAUUAAUCAGAACUGUCCAUCUGGCGGUGUCAGUGCCAAAAGUGGAGAUCGUCGACGAGCAUGGCGCGACAGCCGGUGACAAAUUCUACAAAGCAGGUAGCACGAUAGAAUUGAAGUGUGUGGUCAGCAAUAUACCACAGCCUACCGGAUACGUAACGUGGCGGCAUGGACCACGGACGCUGAAUUACGACACCACUCGCGGAGGAAUCAGCGUGAAGACGGACAUGGGCGCCAGCGGUGCGACAUCCAGACUCUAUAUAGCGAACGCGAAUAAAAAGGACAGCGGGAACUACAGUUGCGCCCUGGCGGAUGUGGCGGCAGCCACCACGGUCUCCGUCCACGUGUUAAAUGGUGAAAAUCCAGCAGCCAUGCAACACGGGGGUAGCGGCGACUUGAGAUCAGUCUUCGUCCUCAUCGUCAUCGCGACACUCUCGUCGCUUUCGAGGUGACCGUGAUGACUCGAUUGUUCCGUGGGCCUGCAGUUCGAAUGGUGCUAACUUUCUUCAUCCUCGCGGGCAGAUCACGAAAGAACCUAGACGAUCGGCCAGACGGGGCCCAUUUAUCGCGCCGGCGAACUUUUCAACGAUCGAGCGUCGCCCCCCGCCAUUGCACGAAACCGACGUUUCCACCGAAAACGGAGAACUCACCAGGAAACAAGAGCCCGUUCCACGACGAUUUACGGGAAACGGAGCGAAAUUGGCGACACGUUUCUCCCCUUUCCAGGCGCGAACGAACGCGACGGAAAAAGAGGCUUUUCCGCGUUGGAGUCCCUGUCCGUCGAGGGAACGUCAUCGACACGCGUCUUUUCCUUCCUUCUUUUUGUCCGUACCUUCCUUCCCGAGGCACGAUCGAAGCAGACUGGGAGCAUGAAAUUCCUC